GUGGCAGCUCGGGUUACAUUGCUGUGCCCCGGGCACCUGGGUCUCCCGAAAGAGUACCUUACUCAGAGUUGUAGGACGUGUUGUUGACUGGGAUAAUGACGUCAGAAAGCUGUCACGUGUACAGCCUCAGAAGCGCUUCAAUGUCUGUUAUCCAAGCUGGAGUCUGUGUGAUCACCCACAAGGAUUGUGGUGAUUUAGAUCUGUAGAGUCUUUGUCCUUUCAGUAUGGUCCCUCAGCCUCCAUUCGCUUUUACCAAGCGUCCUCCACAUUCAGCGGCCUUUUGGGAGGGAGACUUAGAUGCAAGAUGGAGGGAUACUCGACCUUGCCUCUCUGUCUGUUUUCUGUGACAGGUGCUGGAAAUGGGGAUGUGGUGCGAUCUCCAAACAGCUCUAUAGAGGAAAGAUGUGUGGCCUCCAAAUCUGCCAAAGAGAAGUGACUUCGUAUUUAAGCAGUGUUAGGGAGGAUGAAUCUGUUUUAUGGGUAGAAGGACAGAUGUGGGCAGAGAUUAAAAAGUAGGAUUUCCGGGCAUGGCAGAAUCUGGAGAGAGUAAGAGGAUGACGUCAGUGGCCAGAUCAGAAGACCAGGAACCCACGAUGUCCGAGACUCAGGACCGUCCAUUGCAGCCAAGUCUCAAGCCUUUGGAAGCAUUGCCUCAAUCCUCUGCCUACCAGGAAAUGAUGACGCAAGGCGUUUCAGAGGGAAAAAACCACCUUGGCUCGAACCCUGGAGAGGGGGAAGGCUGUGGUGCCGACCACCAGGAGGGAUCUCAGUCGAGGUCCUUUCAUUUAUCCCCUCAAGAACAGUCUAUCCGUCCUCAAGACAGAAGGCAGUCCUGGAGACGAGCAAGCAUGAAAGAAGUAAACCGGAGGAAGUCAUUGGCUCCCUUCCACCCAGGCAUCACAGAGCUCUGCAGGUCCAUCAGUGUGAAGUUAGCCCAGAGCCAACGGCUGGGCGCCCUCCUGCUCUCCAGCUUCCGGUUCUCUGUUGAAAAACUUGAACCUUUCUUAAAGAACACUAAGGACUUCAGCCUUGAGUGUUUUAGAGCGAAAGCAUCUUCUCUCUCUGAAGAAUUGAAACAUUUUACAGACAGCCUGGGAAAUGAUGGAACACUGCAAAAAUGUUUUGUUGAAGAUUCAAAAGAAAAAGCAGCAGAUUUUUCACUGGAAGCAUCAGUAGCUGAGGUGAAAGAAUAUAUAACAAAGUUUUCUUUAGAGCGUCAGGCCUGGGAUCGGCUCUUACUGCAGUACCAGAACGAGGUUCCACCUCCACCUGAAGAGAUGCCCAGAGGAUCAACUGAAACCAGAAUCACUGAAGUCAAGGUGGAUCCUGCAGCCUACCUCAGGUCUUCCCAGAAGGAAGUUCUUAGCACGAAGCCAGACUACCAGAGAAUAGUACAAGAUCAGAACCAAGUCUUUGCCUACGUGGAGUUAGUGAUGGAUGAGCUCCAAGGAUCAGUGAAGCAGCUGCAAGCCCUCAUGGAUGAGAGUACCCAGUACCUCCAGAAGGUGUCAGUACAGCUCAAGAAGAGAAGUAUGGACCAAUUAGACUCUUCACCUGCUCGGAAACUGCUCAAACUCCCCCUCCAGAGCUCACCUUCCAUGCAGUGAUGAGGAUCCUGUCAGGGACCCUACCUCACAGCAGUCAGCUGGAACGUCCCAGCUCUCCAGCACUUCACUGUUCCCGAGUGACAGCAUGUAUGUAUCCAGAAGAGUGUGUUACGGACACUUUUUGUCGGGAUGUGCACGAUGCUUAAAAUGGCCUUCAGAACCAGCCGUUCGUUGCUCCUAACAUCCUCAUGGUCAGCGCCUUUCAUCCCAUAAAAUAAUCCAGAGACAUCUAGAACCAAUCUCAAGGAAAUGUUUUAGGGGCCAAGGUGGGUUGUUGCCAUAAAAGACUGACGCUAAAGUUUGUGAAUGUGGGACUGAAGGUGGAUUAUACGAUGUUGUCACAUAACGGGUAUGUGUGGACACUUUACAGCAUGCCCAUUUUCUGAAGUGUCCUAAUAUCUGUAGAGUGCUUUAGUUUUUAAUAUUGAAUUGACUUCCUGGAAUCUAAAUUCAUGACAAGAAAGGGCUGUGCCAAUUUAAUUUUUUCCUCUGGGAAUUACCCCUGCCUCCCUAAGGAUUGAACCCAGGGCUUUGUGGGUGCUAGGGAAGCACCCUCAAGAAGCUGCACCCUUAGUCCCCAUGUUUUGGGGUUUUUAAUAUUUUUUUAAGUUCUGUCACUGAAUGGCGUGUUAUUUAAAAACCGUGCGUUGUCAUUUCCUGGGGCUGAGAUACAGUUACUUAACCACUUAUCUAGAACAUUAGAUGGAUGUUAGAAUCUGUGUGGUAAGGACACUGUGAGGAUUUGUUUAAAGAGUAAAAGCCUAGAACAAUAUUAUAGUUCGUUGUUGAAGACUUAAAAAAAUGAGUAUGCUGUAGUUAAUGAGGUGAGAAAGCUAUUAUCUAAUAUGGAAUACCACAUGGGGAACUCAAGCAAAUACAUAAAGUCUGGAUUAGAAAUAAACUUACAAGUUUUGCCUA